AUGAAAGUGCCAGCGUUGACUUUCCUAGUGGCAGUGGCAGCUGCUGUGCAGAUUCCAUUAUCGUACAAAUGGAAACUGGGCCCUGAAGAUCGGCCGCACUAUUCCACGCUCGAGGAGAAUGAUUGGCCCAUUGACCUUUCUCGUUAUAAAGACCAGAUGGUGGUGAGGCUAAGAGGAGAGUCCGAGGAUGCGGUGACGUCGCAGUUUCGCUCGCGUUUAGGUUCCACAGACACAAAAUGGUCUGGUGUGUUGAGAACGUUGAAGGAGAAAAAGUUCAAUGUGUGGGCGCAUGAUCCCAUCCAGAAAACCACUGAUGUUCAGGUCAACUCGACGGAACUCGCGGACUUGAUGGCGACGUUUGGCAUUACGGAGCCCGAAUUUGUCAUUCGUGACAUGGCCCAGGCCAUCUAUGAGUCGUACCCUAAAGACUAUACUUCGGACCAAGAGCAGUUCCGACAACAGAGCAUCAAGGAGGUCACGGCCGCUGACUUCCGUGUUCUUGGCGAUGUCUUUUUCAAGCUGUAUCGUCCUUUGGACUCCAUCAACGCCUGGCUCGACAUGGUUCACCAGACGUACCCAGAUCUCGUGACAAUCGAGGAAAUCGGAAAGACACACGAGGGAAGACCGUACAACGUGAUUCAUUUGUCGAGAGCAGGCAGUGAUGUGCCACAUAGUGACAGGAGAACUAUCGUUGUUACAGGAGGGGUCCAUGCUCGUGAGUGGAUAUCUGUAUCCACAGUGUUGUACUGUCUCUAUGAGCUAUUGAACCAGUACGAAGCAAACCCAGAUCGAUGGGACGAAUGGUCCAAAUUGGACUUCCUCUUCAUUCCCGUGCAAAACCCAGACGGCUAUGACUACACGUGGACCACUGACCGUUUGUGGAGAAAGAACCGCCAACCUUCUUCCAGCUCCCAAGAGAGCUGUGUAGGUAUCGACAUUGAUCAUUCGUAUGAUUACCAUUGGACAAAAUCCGAAGACACCGAAUGUGGCGAGGAUUACUCGGGAGAAUAUCCGUUCGAGGCAAUUGAGCUGAAAAUCUGGAGCGAUUACUUGAACUCCACAAACUAUGACCACAAGAUUUGGGGCUACGUGGACUUGCACUCGUACUCGCAAGAAAUUUUGUACCCUUAUGCAUACACUUGUCAAGCGGAUCCGCGGGACGAGGAAAACUUGAUUGAAUUGGCAUACGGCAUUUCCAAAGCCAUCCGUAUGACUUCUCACAAGUACUAUGCGGUUUUGCCAGCGUGCUUGGACAAGGAUUCCGAUAUGAUUCCAGACUUGGGCGCCGGUACCGCUUUGGACUACAUGUACCACCAUAAAGCCUACUGGGCUUUCCAGAUGAAGUUGAGGGACAGCGGUUCGCACGGCUUCUUGCUUCCAGAGAAGUAUAUCCAGCCCGUUGGCGAGGAGAUUGCCGAGGGACUCAAGUAUUUUGUGCGGUUUAUCCUCUCAGAUGACAGGUGA